GAUCAGCUGCUAAUUCUCGGCUGCAGAGGAGGCAGUGUAUGGUGCUUUUGGCUGAUGAGAAGAAAUCUCCAGAAGAAGAAAUGAGCUUUGGAGCCGCGUGCAUUUUCUUGCGAGGAGGGAAAAAUAUAGCAAGACAACUGGCUGAUGAUGAGAUUGAUGAGCUGCGUGAUGCAUUCAAUGAGUUCGAUAAAGACAAAGACGGGCUGAUCAGCUGUAAGGACCUGGGGAACCUGAUGAGGACGAUGGGCUACAUGCCCACGGAGAUGGAGCUGAUCGAGCUGGGACAGAACAUCAACAUGAACCUUGGCGGCAGAGUGGACUUUGAGGACUUUGUAGACCUGAUGGCCCCAAAGCUGCUGGCAGAAACAGCUGGGAUGAUCGGUGUGAAGGAGCUCAAAGACGCCUUUAAAGAGUUUGACAUGGACGGAGACGGAGAGAUCACGACAGAGGAGCUGCGGUCAGCCAUGACCAAGCUGAUGGGAGAGCACAUGAGCCGGAGGGAGAUAGACGCCAUAGUUAAAGAAGCAGACGACAAUGGAGACGGCACAGUAGACUUUGAAGAGUUCGUCAGAAUGAUGUCCCACGAAUGAGAGUCAAGAAAUCAUCUCUGCACCUCUACGGACCUGCGUUCACGCUGACGCCGUCUAUCUUUAAAGCUUUGGCUGAUCAACUUGUAUAUAUUUAGAACAAACAUGUAAUGUUAAAAUUAAAAUGAAGUGCUGCAAAGGAAAGUGAAGCAAGUUGUUCUCAGAGAGAAUUUUACAUCUAUGCAAAGAUUGACAAUCACCGAGGCAUUUUUUAGUGUUUAAAUGAAUGGAGCUUUUGUUUGCAUUUAUUUUAUAUACAGAAAGUUAUUUUGCACUGUUUUGUUGAAUUGGAUUGCAUUUUUGAAGUGUAUGUAAAAUUGUGAAAAUUAUGUAUGAAAAUAUUUACUCUGACAGUAUUCUCAUCACUGAAUCAAUGUUAAAAUACAGCAAUUAGUUCUCAAGUUAUCACUUCUUAAGCUAUGUACAUAAGCAGUAUUAUAUAUGUGUUGGAUGACAUAAUUACCAGAUGGAAUCCAACAAGUUAAAUCCUGCUAUCAGGUAUUUUCCAGAUGU